AUGACGACUCCCGUGUCGCCAGAGCCCAUCACCUCAAGUCCUGCGCCGGCCCCAGGCACCGUGUCUCCCCCUUCGUACACGCCCAAGCCGGCUGACGUCGCCCCCAAUACCGACGAAAAGAUCGCGAUACCGGCGCAAAAAAUUGACGACGAUAACCUCCCCGAAGUCGUCGUCGCCGAACCCGACCAUUCUCAAGAUCCUCAGCCCGUCCACACGCAUACCCCCGAUCCUCCAAAGAGCGAAUACCCCGUCCCUCCCUCGACAGUCUCACCCGCGCCCGGAAGCAUCAUGAACCUCCACGGUGAUGGAACGCAGUCGCCGCCGAUCCUGCAACACCCUGCGCUUGCUGGGCAGAUGGUGCCCGGUCAGAUGGCUCCUGGACAGAUGGGAUACGCAGGUCACGAGUCCAUGGUGGUGCCAAUGUCAGCGCCCACUCCAGCUCCCGUUUAUCCUCCAGGCGCGCAAACGGUUACGCCUUUGAACCUUUUGACCGAUCAAUCUGAUAGCGUCGAUUGUCCAUUCUGUCAGCGACGAACCGAGACCAAGGUCAAGAAGGAAGCAUCAGGCAUGACACAUGGUAUCGCGGCCGCCCUCUUCUUCACGACCCUCUUCGGCGUCAUCUUCCCAUACACAUGCCACUGCGCACCCCAUAUCAGCCACUACUGCAAGAACUGCGGCCGCAAGGUGGCGUACAAGCAACGAGGUGGACAGAUGGAGCCUCAGGGCACGCCCGAGCAUCUUCGCGAGGUGUCCAAAUACCCAGCCGCCGAGCCCAAGACGAAGAAGUAG